CUUGUUAAGGAUCGAUCGAAAGCCGUGAGGAGGCAGCAUGUUGCGUCCGGAAGACGGAGUGAAAACAAGACGCUGGCUACAUACUAAUGGAGGUAGUUUAAGUUAUAAGUAUGGGUUGUUAUGGAAGAUGGCACUGGUUUCUGAAAGGUUGUCAGACCGAGUGGUCGACCGCACAAUAUGAGGAUCUUUGCUGUUGUGUUGGCAGUGUGCGCGUGUGCGUGGAUAGUAAUCGCAGAUGUGGCUCACAUAAAAGCAGCCAAAGCAAAACUUAUCAGUAGUUUGGCAACAAAAGGAAAGCAUAAUAAACGAGGAAUAUUCUCCGAUGUUCCACCAUACAAGCUCGGCCAUGAUAUACCACGUAUAACACAUUCGGUACUUAAACCAUUGGUAGUGAGGUACCCACCUACAGCUGCCGUAGCAGCAGUUAAGAUACCCGUUCCAAUUCACCACGUGCCAAGGUAUCCGGUUUCAGUGGGUCACAAAGUACCAGGUCUCCCGCAUCCUCAUUAUGCCUUAAAUUUCCCUCACACUAAAUAUUUAGCAAAACCAGAUCACCAUUAUCAUCACCAUCAUCACCACGUGGCUCCUAAGCCGAUUUUACCUGUAUUACCAGCUGCCCCCGUAGCGCACGUCGCUCCCGUAGUCCCCCCGCCUCAUGCGGUUUUACCGUUGGCUCAUCCCGUUCCAGCUCCCCCGCCAGUCAUUCACCAAGGACCCAUUCAUCCCGUUCCUCCCCCUCAGCCCUCACCUGUCGAAGCCCCUUUGCCUCUUAAUUUGAGACCGCUUCUUCCUGCUGCUGCCGUCCCUAUACCAACAGCGUCAUUCUAUCAAUCGGCCGCUUUACCAAUAGGUCAACAUUUUCCAUACAUAAUUCGUCCCGGCGGUGCUGUACAAACAUCGGUAUUCGCAACGUACCCGAGGUACCCUUUAAUCAACAGUUAUCAAGCCCCUAUAUAUCCUGUAAGUCAUGGUGCGACGGGUAUACAGUCGGUACAACAAGUGUUAGUACAAAGGCCACAAGUUCAUCCAUUGCAGUUAGUGCCGCAAGCUGUAGCUCAUUCCGGGGUCGUAGAACACCACACACACCAAGUUGGUGUCGAGCAAGCGGUGCUCCACCAAGCUCAACCUGCAGUACAUGUGCACCCGAAUUCAUUAGGCAUUCCUCAACCUGGAGUACAUUUCCAUACCGGUCAAGAUGUGCUACCACAGCCUGGUAUACAAUUACACCCUAGUCAAGAAUUUAUUCCACAAGGAUUUGAAUUACACCAUGGUCAAGAGGCACUUCCUCAACCCGGCUUACAUUUACAUCCAGGUCAAGAAGCCGUACCCCAACCAGGUUUCCACGUUCAUGCGGGACAGGGAGGUUUGCCUCAACCGGAAUACCAUAUACAUCCUACUCAAGAAGCUAUACCACAACCAGGGUUCCAGUUACACACUGGUCAAGAGGCAUUACCACAACCUGGCUUCCAAUUCCAUUCCACUCAGUUACCUCAACCCUUAGAACCGACUCAGCCAUCAGUUCAAUUUGAUAAUAACGGUUGGUCACCCGUACCAUCGCAAAAUGAUCAGAGUUCUGCACAAGAUGGACACUAUCCGCAACAAACACAUCAUUUCACUCAGGAACAAGGUUCACAAGUAUUCGAGCAUCACACUGACAAUAAAUACCAUGAUUUUCAACAUCAAUUGCAGCAUCACAUUCAACAACAGAUAGAGCAGGCGCAGUACGAGCAGAGUUUGAACCACCAGCAACAACCGGCUCAAGAGUAUGGCGUCCCACAACACCUGGGUCAAGAGCACGGACAGCCCAAUGACUACUCUCAGCAGGGACAAGAUAUUGGCCAAAAUGGACAAGACGUCUAUCAGAACGAUUACAACUUAGGUCAUCUCGGCCAAGACAUCAACCAGAACGAUUACAACAUAGGUCAAAUCGGUCAAGAAUAUGGACUACCUCAUCAAGGAGCAGAAGGUCGCAGUUCCGAAGAGAGCGGCCAACAGUACCAUAAUCACAUACCUCUCAAACUUCAGCCACCGAUAGACAGACCACUGGAUCACUUCCAAUAGUUACGCCUAUAUAAUGUUAUAGCUUGUAACUUGCAGCUGCAGAAAUAAUAUUAGUUAAAUGCCAGUGAGCGAGCCUUCGUGAAACUUACUAACUAUAUUAACUUUAUAUUACAUUUGUUUUAGUGCCGACAGAAGAGAUAGAAACGUUGCAUUUAUGCGACAUCAGUACCUCUUAGAAAAAUAAGUUUAGGGCAGUAUUUAAGGACUCCCAAAGUCUGUGAAGUAUCACGUGAACGUGCGUAGUUGGUGACUUCGGAAAUGAUUGCCGAUUCGUAGAGAGAGAGAUGAUGUCGUCAUGUAAUAUUGUAAAGAUUGCCGUAUUUCUUUAACUGACAAGUAUUAAUAACUAAGUUUAUUUAUUUAUUAGUUGUAUGUUUACACGAUUUUAUAUUAAACAAUAAAAAAACUAAUUGAUUA